AUGGAGCAGAUUUUUGAAGCGCUCUACUGCACGGAUGAUCAGAAUGUGAAAUAUGUCACUUACCAUUUGACUGACAUGGCAAACAAGUGGUGGAAGUCGACUCGGGCUUUGGUGCAGCUGGAAUUAGGGGAAGCAGUCCCCAUUACUUGGGAACAUUUCAAAAUAAUCUUUCUAGAUCACUUUUUCCCACGGACCCUUCGGGAGUCGAGAGCUCGCCAAUUUAUGGACCUCACUCAAGGAACAAUGACGGUAGCGCAGUAUGCUACGAAAUUCAUGGAGCUUUCCCGUUUCGCCAGUUACUUAAUUCCAGAUGAGGAGAAGAAGGCUGAAAAAUUCGAGCGCGGACUGGAUUGCAGGAUUCUAGAACGUGUGCGUACUCUCAGGAUUCGGAGUUUCACGGAGCUAGUCACCCGAGCUACCAUUGCUGAAGAAGACCUCCAAGAAAACAUUGAGUACAACAACCAGAGGAAGCGCUAG